AUGAAUUUUCUUCCGCAAGGCCCCAGGAGAUUCUACAUCGAUUCAACUACUUUCAUUUCCAUCGUUCAUGAACUUCAUGAACUUCAUGAACUGUCUAAAUCUACAACUGUGCGCAGAGAUUCUGUGACAGAGAUCCCGUCUGACAUCAAGAUCAACCAAUGGCAACGCCUGUUCUCCUUUACUCGGGGGGAGGCUGUGUGGCAUAUUGAAAACUUUCAGGUCUUACAAGAUCAAGAGCUUGUUACUUUCGAUCCGGAUGCAUAUCCGAUGUGGAGUUGGGACUAUAUGAAGAAUCUGGGCUUCGACCAGGACAGUUACCGUUACUGGCUCUGUUCAUUGAGCAGCAUGGGGCGACUUGUCAGAAUUCCUUCAGACAUUGCUUCGACUCAACGCCACAGCCAUGGGAUGUUCAGCCUCUUUGUCUUUGCUAGUGUCGACAAACACAUCGACCGCAUAUCUUACGCCCAGCUCCAGAGAAUACCCAGGAUCCAUGUGGUGCACGAUUGGCAAGGCUUUCCUCAAAAGGCCGUUGUCCUUCGUGAUUAG